AUGCUGCCCGACCCAGCGGUCCUCCUCGGCGUUCAGUUUUCCGAGGUCGCGCUCUUUCUCUUGCCGGCGGGACGGUCCUGCAGCAGAGAACCGGCUUCCCGAGUUCGGGCAGCUCUUCUUUCCUCCGGAGGACCCGCUUUGGUGUUCCAGGGUCGCAGCAGCCAUGUCCGCACUGCGAGCUCUUCUGCUUCUGCUGCUACCCCUGUGUCCCGGUCCUGGUCCCGGACCCGGCAGCAGCGAGGCAAAGGUCAUCCGGAGUUGCACUGAGACCCGGCAGGUUCUGGGGGCCCGGGGAUAUAGCUUAAGCCUACUCCCUCCCGCCCUGAUCUCAGGUGAGCACCUCCGGAUCUGUCCCCAAGAAUAUACUUGCUGUUCCAGUGAAAUAGAGGAGAGGCUGACCUGGGACACUGAGGCUACUUUCCGAGGCCUGGUGGAGGAGAAUGGCUCCUUCCUGGUUCACACAUUGGCUUCCCGGCAUAGAACAUUUGAUGAGGUUUUUCGGGAGAUGCUCUCAUCAGCUGAGCACUCCCUGGCCCUGCUCUUCCACCGCUCCUAUGGCCGCCUAUAUUCCCAGCAUACCCCCUUAUUCAGCGGCCUGUUCUCUCGGCUGCGGGACUACUAUGAGAAGUCUGGUGAGGGGUUAGAUGACGCCUUGGUGGAUUUCUGGACGCAGGUCCUGGAGAGAAUGUUCCCUCUGCUGCACCCACAGUACAUCUUCUCCCCUGAAUACCUGUUCUGCCUCACUCGCCUUGCCUCCUCUGCUGAUGACUCUCUGAAGCCUUUCGGGGACUCACCCCGUCGCCUCCGCCUGCAGAUAACCCGGGCCAUGGUGGCUGCCCGGGCCUUUAUCCAGGGCUUGGAGACUGGAAGAGAUGUGGUCAGCGAAGCACUUAAGGUGCCCAUGUCCGAAGGCUGUAGGCGGGCUGUCAUGCGUCUGACUGGCUGCCCCUUUUGUCGGGGGGUCCCCCUGCUGCCGCCUUGCCGGGGCUUCUGCCUCAACGUGGCCCAUGGCUGCCUCAGCAGCCAGGGACUGGACCCUGACUGGGGGGCCUAUCUGGAUGGUCUCCUGUUCCUGGCUGAGAAGAUCCAGGGCCCCUUUUCCUUUGAGCUGGCAGCUCAGGCCAUUGGGGUGAAGAUCUCAGAAGGUCUGAUGUACCUGCAGGAAAACAGUAUAGGGGUGUCCACCCAGGUGUUUCAGGAAUGUGGCGUCCCCCCAAAGGCGAUGGCCCGUGCCCACCGAUCCCUGGCACCCAUAGAAGAAGUGGGCCGGCUCUGGACCCCCGCAGCAGGGGCGGAGGAGGAGCAGCCCACGACAGGUGCGGGCAACAGCCUGCCCCGGAUGGUGUGGGAGCUCCGCGAGCGGCUGGACCGAGCCCGGGGCUUCUGGGCUGGGCUGCCCCUGGCGGUGUGCGGGGACUCCCGCAUGGCAUUGGACAUCACGCAGGAAGCGGCGCCCUGCUGGACCGGAACCGGGCGGGGCCGGUACCUGUUGCCGGUAGUCGGAGAGUCCCUGACCAAGCAGAUCGACAAUCCAGAGCUAGAUGUGAAAGCCUCAAAGCCCGACCUCCGGACUCGGAUGCGGCGGUUGCAACUCCGGUCAGCUACAAUGAGGAUGAGGGCAGCUGCCCAGGGACGCGACCUAGAUCUGGAGGACUGGGAGGAGGAUGCCAGUGGCUCUGGAGAAGGACAGCACUAUGCAGAUGACUGGAUGGCCGGGGCAGCGGCUGUGGGCCCCCCGGCCCGGCCUCCUCGUCCUCCUGGCCGCAAAGGAGGUUUCAUCAUCCGCCAAAACCAGGGCAGGAGCAGGACUGGGGGCACAUCGGUUGGUUUUCACACCCAACCCAUUCUCAUUCUCUUCCUCUCAGCCCUGGCCCUGCUUGGACCUCGAUAACAGGGGAAGGGUGCCCUGGCAUCAGAGGGGUUCGUGGCCCUUUCUCUCCUCCCCUCUCAGCUGAAUCUGGGGAGGAGUUGAAGGAGGCUGCAGAGAUGGUUGAUUAGGGACUUUUUGGGUGAAUGGCUAGGGCCCCAAAUCCAGAAGAUUCCCAUUAGGAUUGGGUGGGUGUUCACAUAUUUAUUUUUUCAUUUGGUAUCGGGGUGGGAGGCUUGGGGUAUUUAUUUAGGAAGGACUUGUGGUCUUUCCAACUGAGCCUCUAAGUUUGGGCUCUGUUGGUCAGCCCCAAGGAGGAGAAAGGGAAGAUUUUUAGAGUGACAGUUGGGGGUGGGGGGUAGGGUUUGAAGGAAGU